AGUGUUUAAUUCCAAAGACCAAACCAUGACUAUGCCACUGCGGAAGGCAAAGAGUUUAAAGCAGCGGAGGGACGGUUGGUGUUUAACAUCGUUACCGGGAAAGGAAAAGGAUAAAAGCCAAUAUCUCUGAAGAAUGAAAGCCUGGAGCAACAAUCGCAUCUCUCCCCCGAGCUCUGCCACUGAUGCUGUCAUUUUCACUUCUACAACUACACAACCAUUGCAACAGUGAUCUGUCAAUUUAAUGGUUUUUGGUCCACUUAGUCAGCACACCAGCCAAGCCUACCGCCGUCAGAACUGCUGCAUCACAGUUCCAAUCACAACUUCAGCCACAGCAAACUAAGUGGAGACGAGAUGGGAAACUGCGGUACUAGAGAAGAGCCUGCAGUUGUUUCCAAUGCUCAAGUUCAACAGCUGCAUACUUCAUCGUCUUCCUUGGUUGUGAAAAGCGCCAGCAACAAUGCUCCAGAUAAAAGACAUAUUCAUAACCGGUCCAUAUCAGAUCUAAGCGAUCCCUCGACCCCUCGCAACCUCGAGGACUUUAGAAACAAUUCGGUGCUUUACACACAUGUUAUUGCCUUCACAUUAUACGAGCUGGAAACGAUCACCAAGAGUUUCCGCUCCGAUUACAUUCUCGGAGAGGGCGGUUUUGGAACUGUUUAUAAAGGCUACAUUGAUGAGAACGUCAGGGUUGGCCUCAAAUCUCUUCCCGUCGCUGUCAAGGUUCUCAACAAGGAAGGCCUGCAGGGCCACCGAGAAUGGCUUACAGAAGUCAACUUUCUUGGUCAGCUGAGACAUCCAAACCUUGUCAAGUUGAUUGGUUACUGCUGCGAGGAUGAUCACAGAUUACUUGUCUACGAGUUCAUGUUUAGAGGAAGCCUUGAAAACCACCUCUUUCGAAAGACAACUGUUCCAUUGCCAUGGGCAAGAAGAAUGAUGAUAGCUCUUGGAGCGGCCAAGGGACUUGCAUUCCUUCAUAAUGCUGAAAGGCCUGUCAUCUAUCGGGAUUUUAAAACCUCUAAUAUACUGUUGGAUUCUGACUAUGCAGCCAAGCUUUCUGAUUUUGGGCUUGCAAAAGCUGGACCACAAGGUGAUGAGACACAUGUUUCUACUCGAGUAAUGGGUACUUAUGGUUAUGCUGCCCCUGAAUAUGUCAUGACUGGGCACUUGACAGCAAGGAGUGAUGUAUACAGUUUCGGUGUUGUUCUUCUGGAGCUUUUGACAGGAAGAAAGUCUGUUGACAAGACAAAACCAAGCAAGGAGCAGAAUUUAGUAGAUUGGGCCCGACCUAAACUAAAUGACAAGAGGAAGUUGCUACAGAUAAUUGACCCCAGAUUGGAAAAUCAAUACUCGAUAAGGGCAGCACAGAAGGCUUGCAGCCUAGCAUACUAUUGCCUGAGCCAGAACCCCAAAGCAAGACCAUUAAUGAGCGAUGUAGUUGAAACUCUGGAACCUUUGCAGAGUGGUAACGGUGCAACUGAAUACUCCUUAACGGGAACUAGUCCAUUUGUGAGGGGGGGCGUCCGUGAUUGCAGGAUGCGGCAAAGGUUUGCCGAUAAUGUUGGUCCGGGGGUUAGUUGCCGGUCUGCCAACCCCAACUGUUCCCCGAGCGGCCAUGCAGCAUGUAGGGUUAGAUGAGAAUGCAUCUUGGGCUUGAUCUUUGCCCUUAAUGAAAUGAGAAUGUCCACUGUAAGACGUCGUACGUUGGUGUCUUGUACAUGAUCGCAGUUGUAAUAUUUGGCCAUGUGUUGUGCAGAACAUUUGGAAGUGUAAUUAUUGUAUGGACACAUCGCUCUAACUUGCAUCCGAAGAUGCUGCCUCUCGGAUGAUUGAUCGGCUGCAUGUGUUUUUUAAAGGCCUUAUGUAGGGCGUUCUUUUGUAGUUAAUCUGCGUAUUUCCGUGAGCCUAGGCUUCAGCAGGAUCUGCUGUUUUUCUUGCCUCUACCAUUCAUGUAUAUGCGAUUUUGGGAUUUUGUAAUUAACCUCCGACUUUAUGAACGAUCUUGACUUUUCUCGUC